AUGGUCGAUUCCCCCUCACCAACAAUGAAUCGUGUCGCCGGAAAGUGGAGAGGAUCUAUGAAAGCCCGCGAUGCAUGGCCGAUUCGAUGUAGGGAGUCUCGGAAAGGAUUUAGGGUUCGUGAAUCGGAAAGAAGGAAAGGGGUUUUGCUUCUCGUGGUGGGUUCGUGGAUUGGAAAGGCUUUCGCCGUCGUCGACGACUACCAACGCCGAUCUGGAGAGGGGGAGCGUCGUAGUUCGUCGCCGGAGAAGAUGGGUUUUCUCUGGAUAUCGAACCCGGGGAAGGGAAGGGGAAAAUGA